AUGGGCCUCAAAACGUCGGCGGCAAAGGCAAAGCCGCUGCCCCCAGGUGUUUACACUCCAGUGAUCACUAUUUACAGCGAUGCAGCCGAUCAGCCCGUGGACCUGAAGGCUAUGUAUGCCCACGGCCAGCACCUGAUCAACAGCGGCAUGCACGGCCUCGUUUACCUCGGCACAAACGGCGAGCUUGCCCUGCUCACCGGGCCGGAGAGACAGGAGAUCCUCCGCAACGCCCGGAAGAUGGUGAACGACAUGGGUCUUCCCGAGUAUCCCAUUGUUGCGGGAAUCUCAGCGCAGAGCACCGUGGAGACGAUUCAGCUCGCCAAAGAGGCAGGUGAGGCAGGGGCGGGCUGGGGCCUUCUGCUCCCUCCGAGCUACUGGGCCAAGGCGCUGCCGACGGAGGCCCUCGUUGCUUACUACCGUGACGUGGCGGAUGCCAGUCCUAUACCCGUCGUUAUUUACAAUUUCCCUGGGGUCACGUCCGGCAUCGAUCUGGACUCCGACCAGUUGGCCGCGCUGGCCUCUCACCCCAACAUCGUGGCCACAAAGCUUACCUGCGGAAACGUGGGAAAGCUCACGCGGCUGACGUCCAAGUUUGAAGCUCCUCACUUUGGUGUGUACGGUGGAAGCAGUGACUAUUUGCUACCAACCUUGCACGCGGGCGGGAACGGUUGUGUCACCGGGAUGGGCAAUAUCUUCCCCAAGUCCACAUCCAGGAUAUACGACUACUGGGCGGCCGGAGAGUUGGAAAAAGCCAGAGAACUACAGGAUCUGGUUGCCAAUGCAGAGUGGGCCUGCAAGAAGUCACUGGCGUGCACAAAGUACGGUGCCUGGUGGUACCUUGGUAAGCAGAUAGGCGUGGAGAAUGAGAAGAAGUUCAAAAUGCGGAAGCCGUAUCUGGAGCUGAAGGAUGACCUCAAAAAGUGGACAAUAGAGACAUUAUCAGUGUUGGAGGAGACGGAGAAGGCCUUACCUGGCCGGCAUACGACUAAGUGA